UGUAUAUAUAUAUAUGUAUAUAUGUGUGUGUAUAUGCAUAUAAAAAUUAAUUAUGGGCUGUUUGUCAAUGCUCUAUUAAGGCUACUCAAUGUUGAUCUUGCUGAGUUUGACAAUAGAGACGCAAAUAGAGAGAGAAAGAGGGAGAUAAGACUUCGUGGCUCUAGUGUACACUGGGGUUCGGCAUUAAAGGCCCUACACACCCAGGGGAUUUUAAUUAUUUUGGCUGAUUAGAGCCAGUCUCAGGACUCAGGAUUGAUUGACUUCUUCCUCAUGAUUCCCGUCUAUGUAUGUCAAGAUGCCAGUAAUUAAGUAGUCGAUACCAAUACCUGUGAAAUUCCACGAUAUUCGAUACCCAAUUUGAUACCACCGUAAAAAUGCAACAAAAAAAACAAUUAAAGCCACGUUAUAAUCCCCUCUUUAAUAUUUGGUUUAUAUUGCUGUAAAAAAAAACGAUGAAACUCAAUGCAACCUUAACGUUAGCUCAGCAGGACUGUGCUACUAACAGCUAACAUUUACUAGCCUCCCUCCUGCCGAGUUCAACACAGAUUUGUUGUGUGCAAUGCAGCAUUAUCAGGGAUAAGAUAGGGUGGACGCGUGGAUAGUGAGUUUACUGUGUCCUUUUCGGAUUUUAGACCCCGUUUGUCUCGACACAAGUCCUGUAGUGUUUUCAGAAUUUUAGCAUCGACUUGGUACCGAAGUAUCGGUUCUCGUGACACCUCUAUUCCCAUCAAAGCUUCAACCCAACGUCGAACUAAGUAGAGGUCUAACCACCCAGAAUAACUGAAAACUUGAAAUAAGUCGAAUGAGGGGCGUCUUGGUGACCAAGGCAUGCUGGGUAACCACAACAUUUUGUCACAUAUUAGCCCCGUUCUCUCUCUCUGUUCUCUCUCCAUGUGUCCAGACAUGCACAAGACAUCUUAAAAGAGAAAGAAAAGAAACAAAUGCCUACGUUCAGUGUUCAGUGAAUCCCUCUAUCUUCAAACAUACAGACGCUGCUGAUCUGCAUCCUCUCUGCACGAAUGACUUCCACAACCCCAUUUCUCUGACAGUGUUUGGUCUGUGCCCCCCUCCCCCCCAAUACAUACAUACACACACACACACACACACACACACACAGUGGCCUCAUUGCGUCGUCCUGCUGCAGCAGUAUCCCAGCAGAAUGCCUGAUAAGUCGGAGGGCCCCCAGAGACACAGCGGGGUCUGGCUGGCAGUAGGGCAUUGAGGUCUGGGUGCUGCAGAUAAUGCUGUUGUGGCGGAGAGAAUAGUAGGACGGCAGUAUCUCUGAGUGUUUUCUCCUGAUCUAACCUUGCACAGUCAGUCUCAGCAUAAUUCCUACUAGAGUUAUUAUUUUCUAAAACGAUCGAGUUGCAUUGGGGGUAAUGUAGAAGGCAGGUUUUGACAAGGUAGAAGAAUGCAUGGAAUAAAGAUGAUCUGGUUCUGCUGCACCAAUUUCUUUUUUUAAACUGUGCCACUCGUUUUCAACCAGCACCUGAACACAGACCUUUCAAAUUAGCUUUCAUUACCAGAAAAAGAUUACAAUUACUGUUAAAUACUGCGCUUGUUGAUUGAAUAUUUCAAGAGAGUGUUAAAGACUGCAUACACCGUGCGCUCUUGGUGCUUCAUGUGGGAACAUAUGAGAGGUUUCUGUUUAAUGAGGACUAACAGGCUCCGAUCCAGCUGGGGCUCGGGAGGCUGCAAAAAAAAAAAAAAGAAGAAAACCCUGCUUUGUAAGAUGACAUCUCCAUUUCCUCUUCCUCUCGAGUGUCAUCCUACACCUCUGUUGCCGUUUCAUUGCACAUCUCGGUGUCUCAUCGCGCAGCAUCUAACAGCGCAAACAAAACAUCUGCCUCAGAUCCUCCGCCGUCUGCCCUGUCAGCCUCGCCGCCGCAUAACACAUUACUCACCUGAAUAAUGCAUGAUGGGAAACAGGAAGUGGAGGUCUUCUUCCCAAAUGAGAAGGCGUGACCUUACUCUGUCUCCCCGCCCCGUCUUCUCCUCCAUGCUACCUGCUCUCCUUCAUGUCCUCUCAUCUUCCCGCGGCACCUCGACCCUUUUUAAAUCUUCAUCCCUGAAAGAUUUCAGGUUUCUUCAUGCGGGACCAUCACCGAUGUGCUGCUCAUGUCUUGUCACGCAUCAGGGGAAAAUGAAACACUAAAGACAACAUCUGGAAAUAGUUUAUUCACUUCAGAUAAAAAAAAAGUCCGACACAGACAAAUCGGAUGGUUUGUGCUCAUGAAAUUAGAUUUUGUACGACAGUAUUGUCAAGAGGAAAUCUUUUCCCCAAUCUUAUUAGCCAUGAAACAGCUCAGCGGCGCGUCUCAAAGUCUCAUUUUAUCGAAUGUUUUGUUUUGCUGUUAAGCAGCUGAAAUACAUCAAGACUCAACACAUCGUAUGAACAAACUGACAACACGGCGUCGGUUGCCCCCGGCGUCCUUGAAUUCUUCAGUCAUAUUAUCGUCUCUUUUUGGUUUUGGUUGAUGUGUGGAUCUCUAAACGGUAUGCACGUAUCAACUGAUGUGUGUGUGUGUGUGUCUGCAUACAAAUAUGUUAAUGACUCAGUGUGCCAGGGUUUGUUUGGAAUCUGUAAUAAAUGUAAACAUGCAAAAUCAGAAUUGCAAAACAAUUUGGCACUUUGCUCUAUAUCAUCUAUCUCCCUCUCUGUCUUCCUCACCCUCCCUCCCUUUGGCCCCCUGUUUUAUUUGCCCCACAGGCCGAUGUGUGUGACGCUGGUGUUCAGUACGAAGGGUCAGAGGUACCUGCGGGUGGGGCUGGCUGUACCCCUCUUUGGUUCCCUGUCCUGCCUGAGAGCCAUGGUGGCAGAGGAGGGCAAAAUCUCCCCGGACCAGGUCAUCCUUUCAGAGUUGUACUCCACGGGUUUCCAGCGUUCCUUUUCAGAUGACGAUGACCUGACGGCAAUCGCCGAUAGCGACGUCAUCUACGCCUUUCAGGCUCCUCCCCUCUAUAGUCGUGGAGGCUCCGCGCCGCACUCAGGGUAUCCCCACAGCCUCCCCUCCUCCCCCUACACCUCCACGGCUGGACCUGACGGUCAGAGGUUACCUCCGUCUGGCACGCUCUCUUCUGAAUACCUGAACCAGGGCGGCUCCAGCAAGGUCCUCCUCGUCAUCUGCAGCACAGCAGGAUCUGGCCCGCAGGCCGUCAGGUUUGGGCCUCCAUUCCUCAUGCGCGAGGACAGGAGCAUCUCUUGGGACCAGUUGCAGCAGAGCAUCCUCAGCAAGGUCUAUUAUCUGAUGCUGAAUGGAUCCCAGGCUCAGAAUGCUGGUGUGCUGUUUAAGAUCAGAGUAGUGGGAGGAUCGGCCGCCUACAGCUACCUGUCCCCACAGGACAGCAGGCCACUGUACCACCCGGCGGUUGACAGAGCUCUGAAGUUCUGCGGCCCCGGGGGACCUCCUCACGUGAAGGUUGUCAUUGAGUGGGAGAACAAGACUAAAGAAUGUCUCUUCGGCAGCAUCCAGGAGGAGGUGGUCAAGGACGCGGAGAGUGUGAGGAGCCAGCAGCAGCAGCACCUGCAGCAGCAUAGCUGUACGCUGGACGAGUGCUUUCAGCUGUAUACCAAAGAAGAACAGCUUGCCCCAGAUGACGCCUGGAAGUGUCCGCACUGUAAGCAGCUUCAGCAGGGCAUGGUGAAGAUGAGCCUGUGGACUCUCCCUGACAUACUCAUCCUCCACCUCAAGCGCUUCCGACAGGUAGGCGAGCGGAGGAACAAGCUGUCGACCGUGGUGCGCUUCCCCCUGACUGGUUUGGACAUGGCCCCCCAUGUGGUGAAGAGGAGUCAGAGCAUGAGGAACCUGAACUUAGGGGGCUGGCCACCGCCCUGGAAGCAGCCGUCAGGCCAACAUCACCAACCUGCCGACAUGAUCCUCCCCCACGACUAUCUGUACGACCUCUAUGCUGUGUCUAACCACCAUGGAGGAAUGCACGGUGGACAUUAUACUGCUUACUGUAGGAACUCAGUGGACGGACAGUGGUAUAGCUACGACGACAGCAGCGUGGACUUGGUGCCAGAGGAGGAAGUGUGUACCAGAGGAGCCUACAUCCUUUUCUACCAGAGGCGCAACGUCAUUCCUCCAUGGUCGGCCAGUUGCUCCGUCAGAGGAUCCACAAGUUCAUCAAUGUCAGACCACUGGCUAAUCCGACUGACAGGGGAUAGCAAGAGAGGCAGCCUGGUCUCUCGAUCCUCCACCACCUGCCCAUCUUCCUUACCUGACUCGCCUGAGUCUCCGGUCUUCCUUGAAAAUGGUUCUAAACGGGAAAGAGGGGGUUUUGAGAGCAGGCCCUUUAUCAGGGGUCUUCAGGGACGCAGCGUGAGCAUGAGAGCCCCCAGCAAGACCAAGGACAACCUGAGCAAAGUGUUUCCCCUGCGCUGGUCCUUUGGUUCAAAGGACAGACGGAAACCUGACCAAGAGCCCCCGUCUGUCCAAGAUCCGGGCCCUGUGGAGCUGGUAGAGUACUUGGAAUCCGGCCGGCGGCCCCGGUGCACAAAGGAUCCAAUAGUGUCAUUGAUGAGCAAACCGCGCAGGACAAAGGAAGCCCCCGAGGACCGGGCUUCAACCAAUGUCCGAUCUGCCAGCGUUGGGAGCUUAAGUUGUAUCAAUAAGGCAGGGGAGGAGCUGCCGCCUGAGUCUCCGCAGGUCCCGGAGGGCCAGAGGAAGGCAUUAGAUAAGACAGCCAGCUUAAGAUGCAGGAAAGAGAGCCAGACAAGAGAUGAGAUGAGCAGUAGCUCUGGUAGUAACACCCUGACCAGGAGGAAGGAUGCCACGAGACAAAGCUCCUCCAAAGCCUCCCAGGACACUACUGAGACAAAGAGGAGUUCCAGUGCUGGAGUUCAGCCCAGCUACAGCACUCCUAGCCUUCACGAUGGGACCCUGAGAAGACAAAAAGAGGACAGGGCUGAAAGGGAACACCACGGUGCAAAUGAAGGAAACUCUAAGACCAAGAAAGGAGAAGCGCCCAAGAACCACGAAGGACUGCUCUCCUUCUUUAAAGGUAACUUCCUGAAGAAGGAUAAGGACUCGAGGAAGUCCAAGGAGGGUGAGUCAGGGAGAGGAGGAGGUGAGGAAGGAGGCAGAAGGACUCCAUCAAGGCUGUCGUUGUCCAACGGAGCCGCGGGAGGGGGAACUGGGGUGGAAAGAGGCAAGUCUAUCGGCCCGGGCCAUCUGGGCGAUGAGCUGGCAAACAGGAGGAUGGGACGAAUCACGGCGGACAUCAAGCGCUCCCAGAGCUCCUCCAACAUCCCCACCAAAGCGGAGCAGAGCAUGCGCAGGACAGCGUCUCUGCAUCGCAACGGGACGUCUGCAGCCCCGGCACCGUCACGCAGCCUGACGACAGACAAGCCGUCCUACGGCACCCUGCAGAGGACCCGUUACAGCACGACCUCGCUGGGACGCAAAAGGACGGUUCCCGAGUCCAGCUUCUGACACGGAGACGCUCGACUCAACCACACGCGCGCACAAAGCCUUUUUUAUCUGUCAUAAAGUAAAUGACAUCCAAUCUUUGAGAUCAAAGCAAUACAGCUCAAUUCCCAGUGGUGGCUCAAAGUGGCCUGCACUGUGGAGUUGAGAGACACGUAGCAAAUGAAGGGUCCUGUAAUGCUGAGAUAUAAUCAGCAGAAUGAAAUGAUGUGACCUGUCCAUCAAUCGUAUUCUGUUUUUUUUAGGACUUAAAACAAGUGCCUGAGCAACUAAUAUGCAGUUUAGACCAAUGAGUUUGUCUGUUUAGCACUGGAAGCACGAUAUUACACGCACACACACACACACACACACAUCCAAGCACAUUAUCUGCAUUUGUGUCUUAUUACUGUAGUGUGAGUGCUGGAAUUCAUAAUUUUUUUUUGAACUCUCAUGGUUGUCCACUUACAAGCACGGAGCACUGAUUGUGUUCAUUUAUAGGAAUGUAAUGUGUCCACUUGAUUAGGGGAGUCGAUUUGAGGGCUCAGUUUCCAAUUUAAAUCAUUUCUUCAUCUUUAAUCCCGUGUUUAAUGUUUGUUUCAAGCACACAAACCAGUGUGUCGAUGAAGGAUUGACCCAGACUGCAGCUGUUGGUUAUUUCGUGUUAACCCUGCAGUGGUAACCUCCAGCUGUAAUAACUCGCCAGGUAGGAGUGUUAUUCUGUGGAGUCGCCGACCUGGGUCUCUUAAUCAUUAGUUGGCUUAGAUGUUGAAUCCAGGACCAGUAACACUUUAUCUGUCUGCUGUGAAGUGUAAUAUCAAUGCAGUAUCCACCCUUGGAAAACAUGUUUGGUGGAAGCGCUGUCAGUGGCCAGUUAUCAGAGAGAAAAAUACUCCACAAAACAACAAAAUAAAUUUAGAUGCAGAAAUGUAAGGUUAACGACAGUUAAAUGAUCCCUCGUCUGAACAAUCUAAUCCAAAGAAGAUUUAAAGGGCCUAAAUUAAAGCAAAUUUCAAAAAGAAAUAAAGGGAAAUACAAUACAUUGUGAUAUGUAUUUUCUUUUUAUUCACGCAUUUACUGUGUGUUUACUGUAAGCUAACUAACACUAAUUAGCUGUCAACAAUUGAUGAGACAUGUGCCAAGAGGAUCCCUCUGUGUCUGUUUGUGCACCUGCUUGAAGAGUCAGACAGUCGAUCCCUAAUGUAACUGAAUAUACCGUCAAUAAUAGUGGACAGAUGAUUGUUUUUCCAUUCGGCAUGGACCGUGCGUCUCAGUCUCCGACAGGAAAACUUCUCACGGAAACUAAAACAGUUCCCGACAUUCGUGUCAUGAUGAAAAAUAAUUCAUUCGGGUUAUUAAAGACAAAAAUUCCAUGUGAUUUCAUUUAAUCAUGACACAGUAGAUGCAAUCAUAAAAAGGAAAUGCAUAAAACAUUGUAAUACAAUUAGUAUUUCACUUCAUUUCUUUGUUACACUUGUUUUAAUUUUGACACUUUAAAUCUUCUACACUAAUCAUUGAGAACUCGAAUUUAGCAGUUAUUUUGUGAAUCCAGCGUAGUAUUAUGAUAAAUUAUGGGGACACAUACAAGCAUAUUUGGUAACACUUUGCAUAAGAAUGACAUGACACAGUCAAGAACAUGAAGGAGUAUUUAUGAAUCUUUAUGACUGUCAUUUGGUCAAUUAUGACAUUUUUUAAUGCAAAGUUGACAUUUUCUGAAUAUCUUGAUAUUAACCUGCGACAACGUAGCCGGAGCCGCUGGGAGUGAAGCGCUUCUUUCAAAAAUAACUUGCAUAACUGGUGGAGGAAAGCAGAGCGUAGAUUUCAUCUUCCUGGCCCCGAUGUCCCCAGGGACUCCAUUAAUUAAAAUGUGUGACCUCCUGGUCCCAAGUCUGCUUCAAAAUUCUGGCAGUAAUAACGGUAUAACAGGCCGGCUGGAUCCCCUCAUUUGCGCCUGCAGAGAUGUUUUCGAUGUUGUAUGUGCACUCAAUACUGUCUAAGCACCCAAACACGACAACUAAUAACUCUAAUUUCUCUUUAAACCUGAAAACCAACACUAUUUAUCAAUCUUGAAUAAUUCCUAAUGUACCUCCAAAUGACUAUGAAUACUGGAUUUAUGUUCUUCUGUGCAGUCAUCAAUCGUUUUUAUUUGGAGUUCAGUUGACUCUUUGCAUCAAUGUGUCGGACUGGAACAAGCUCUGUAGUUUGCAACUAUGUAAAGAGGGGAGCAGAAGUUUAUUGACCUGGGCUGAAUCUCUUCCAGGUCGGGGAGUUGCACGUCUGAAUGCUUAUCGACAACAUUCACUGAAGUAUUCACAUUUUAAUAUGAGCAUGUCGUGCUUUUUGUUUUUGUUUUCAAAUGCAUCAUAUCAGCCUUAGAACUCUCCACUUACUCAGUCUGAAUAUGAAAUAUGAGAUCAAUAUUGAGAAACUCAUGAAUUCCCUUUGCCUCUAGCUUCAUUCUCAGCACCCAUAGUGUACAAAAAAGUUCAAGAACAAUCAUAAAGAGGAACUAGGCCCAUUUUCAUAAUUCAUAGAUGUUAUUCCUAUGGUCUAAGACAGUCCAAAAAUAAUCAGUUAACAUGAUCAACUCUCCUAAAUCCAAAAACUAGAGCACUAUAUCUAUAGAAGUAGAAUAGGUCUAGAACGGACAUUGCCAUUCAAAUCAAAGUAGCAGGAUGCUCAGAGCGGCGGCCAUUUUUAUGUGUAUCGAUUCUAUUACAAACGUUGUAGCGGGUUAGUUUCCAUAUAAGCAAAACUGACUUAUGGCAAGUAGCGAACUCACUAGGUGAGGUUUUGCAGUAAGGACUAAAACAAACAGUGGAGUGCUAACGUAGUACUAACUUAGCUAGCUAACUAGCGGACAGUUGGCUAGUUCUCUACAAACGUGGAAAUAGACCACUCUUCUAUUCAUACUUUUUACAUGAGGUGUGCACAGAAAUAAGUCAUAAAGUGUCUAUAUAUUUUUUUUAAAUUAAACUAGCGAUAUACAGGAAGAGUAUUGGCAGUGAGAGUUCUGGCAUUUUUUCUUUUCAGUACCAGCUGGCGGUUGCUCAGUAACUUUAUCCCUUACAUAGCCUACUGUAGUCUGUAGAUGUUCACUUACCCAUAUUAGGCUACACAAACUCUGAAUAAAAAGCUGAAGUUUCACGGCGCUCUGCUAGCCAGUAAAAAAGAUACAUUCCACAGCAAAUAUUGAUAGAAGGCCACAUAAAAAAAAAAACAUAGAGGAAUUCUUAAUUUAGGUGGUGUUCCCCUGGCUGAGGUUUCCACAAAAAUGCACAGAGGGCAUCAUCGUUUUAAGGGUCAUGCACUUUGAGGAGCAGAGAAACCAUUUAGGCAUCUAAUGUUUCCAAUCAUAUCAUGGCCAAAGGCGAAAACGUAAAAAUCAUACACUGUUUCUUUCUCUUUUUUUUAAACCUAUUUCUGCAACAAAUGACUCGCACACAACACACAACCUUCACACGAUUAUGAUUACCAACGCUUGAGGUAAGCUGUACCUUUGUUUAAGGCCGUCUCAAGUAACUAAGCAAUAAUAGUUGAAUGUCUUCUUUAUUCAAGUUGAUCCUUUGCACAUCAUUGACGUGCUGUUUAUGAAACUUGUUCUUUGAGCGAGUGCAUGCGGUCAGGCACACCAGCUUCCGUUGAAUACUAAUUAUAAACUUAACAUGAAAUACACUAUUAAAACCACAUCAGACGCUUAGUUUUCACCUUGAAACGUCAAAUAGAAUCGACUUCAGCUGCUUUUUCGCUGUCCUCUAUGAUUUUACCAAACCCUAUAAUUAGAUUCGCAAAGGCUGUUUCUCUCAAUCGAAGACACGGGUUGCAAAUUCUACAAAAAAGGGCAGCUAUAAUAACCAGUUAAAAUAUCACUAGCUGGAGAUUUGUGCUCGUAAUAGCCACAUUCCCCUCAACUAACUGUGCCGUGAUGACAGCCUUGGCUUUGUAUUGAAGACAAUUAUCGGUCCAUUUAGAAUCUGCUCAGUACUGUUCCACACACGGAAAUUUAGUGCUUCUUAUUGUUCGAGAAAUCAUAGUGUAUUGUGAGUUCUCAUUUUCGAUUAGAAUUUAUUUGAGAGAUCAAUUCUGAAAGCGGAGUUGAAAUCGGGACACAAAGUCUGUAUUGCGUUGUAAGUUUUAACUUUGCAUGGCUCAAUCCACAUGUGGCCACAUACACACAAUGUU